UCCCGGCGGCCCCUUUGUGUGGGCACCAGUCGCCGGCCGCGCUCCCGAGAAGCCGCUGCCGCCAUUUUGUGCGCGCCUGUGUUCGCGCCCACCCCCGCCCGCCUUCCCGGGGCAGCGGCGGCACCGGGGACGCCCUGACUGUGCUGCCGGUCAGGUGAGGCGGAGCGGAGGCGCCGGGCCGCGCCGAGCGAGCUACCGCCGGCGGCCGCCGCAGCCGUGAAGAGGUCGCGUUGCUCGCAGGGGGAAGAAGCGGCAAGACGGAGCAGGGGGGGAAAAAACCUCCGGAGCUGCCCCCGAACAGGAGGAGGAGUCUCGGCGCCAGGCCCAGGCGCGGCACCGGAGGCAGCAUGGAGAACUCGCAGCUGUGCAAGCUGUUCAUCGGCGGGCUGAACGUACAGACCACGGAGGCCGGGCUGCGGGAGCACUUCGCGGCCUACGGCACCCUCACCGACUGCGUGGUCGUGCUCAACCCGCAGACCAAGCGCUCCCGGUGCUUCGGCUUCGUCACCUACUCGGCGGUGGAGGAGGCGGACGCCGCCAUGGCCGCGUCGCCCCACGCGGUGGACGGGAAUGCGGUGGAGCUGAAGCGGGCCGUGUCCCGGGAGGACUCGGCCAAACCCGGCGCUCACGCCAAGGUGAAGAAGCUCUUCGUGGGCGGCCUCAAAGGGGACGUGGGCGAAGGGGACCUGGUGCAGCACUUCAGCCAGUUCGGCCCUGUGGAGAAGGCCGAGAUCAUCGCCGACAAACAGAGCGGGAAAAAGCGCGGCUUCGGUUUCGUCUACUUCCAGAACCACGACGCGGCCGAUAAGGCGGCCGUGGUCAAGUUCCACCCGAUCCAGGGCCACCGAGUGGAGGUCAAGAAGGCCGUGCCCAAGGAGGACAUCCAGGCGGGCGGGGGGGGCGGCGGCUCUUCCAGGCCCUCCCGGGGAGGCAGAGGAGGAAGGGGCCGGGGCGGCGGCGGCUCCGGCAACCGGGAUCACAACGGGCUUUCCAAAGGAGGCGGCGGCUACAACAGCUACGGCGGCUACGGCGGGGGAGGAGGCGGCGGGUACGGCUCCUAUGGCAGCGGUUCCUACGGAGGCGGCGGCGGAGGGGGAGGCGGAGACUACGGCAACGGGGUGCACUUCUGUGUGAAUGAGAGGAUGGGAAAGCUGAGCCCUGAAAAGCACACCACAAAAGUCGACAUUAAGCAGAGUUCCCGUUCCUCUGAGGCAGCUGAAGAUGAAAAGGACCAGCGUACAGUGACAGUCAAUCCCUCUCACAUGAGAAAGGCUUUCAAGGUCAUGAAUGAAUUACGGAGCAAGCGGCUCCUGUGUGAUGUGGUGAUUGUGGCCGAAAGCGUGGAGAUGGAAGCUCACCGGGUGGUGCUGGCAGCCUGCAGCCCUUAUUUUUGUGCCAUGUUUACAGGAGACAUGUCUGAAAGUAAGGCCAAGAAGAUUGAGAUAAAAGAUGUGGAUGGGCAGACCCUGAGGAAGCUGAUUGAUUACAUCUACACCGCUGAGAUCGAGGUCACGGAGGAGAAUGUGCAGGUUUUGUUGCCAGCUGCCAGUUUAUUGCAACUGAUGGAUGUUAGAAAGAACUGCUGUGACUUCCUUCAGUCCCAGCUGCAUCCCACGAACUGCCUCGGCAUCCGCGCUUUUGCCGACGUGCACGCCUGCAGCGAGCUGCUGCAGCAGGCCAACGCCUACGCAGAGCAGCACUUCCCUGAGGUGAUGCUAGGAGAAGAAUUUCUUAGCCUUAGUCUGGACCAGGUUUGCAGUUUAAUAUCAAGUGACAAGCUCACAGUCUCCUCUGAAGAAAAGGUCUUUGAAGCAGUUAUCUCUUGGAUAAAUUAUGAGAAGGAGUCUCGCUUAGAGCACAUGGCUAAGCUGAUGGAACAUGUUCGCCUGCCCCUUUUGCCCAGAGAUUACCUGGUACAGACAGUCGAAGAAGAAGCUUUAAUCAAAAAUAACAACACCUGUAAAGAUUUCCUUAUUGAAGCCAUGAAAUAUCAUUUGCUUCCUCUGGAUCAAAGGCAACUAAUAAAGAAUCCCAGGACAAAGCCAAGGACUCCCGUUAGCUUGCCAAAGGUGAUGAUUGUGGUGGGUGGGCAAGCACCCAAAGCCAUUCGCAGUGUGGAGUGCUAUGAUUUUGAGGAGGAGCGGUGGGAUCAGGUUGCUGAGCUUCCCUCACGGAGAUGCAGAGCAGGCGUGGUGUUCAUGGCUGGCAACGUCUACGCCGUGGGUGGCUUUAACGGCUCGCUGCGGGUGCGCACGGUGGACGUGUACGACGGCGUCAAGGACCAGUGGACGUCCAUAGCCAGCAUGCAGGAGAGGCGCAGCACGCUGGGCGCCGCCGUGCUCAACGACCUCCUCUACGCCGUGGGCGGCUUUGAUGGCAGCACCGGUCUGGCAUCAGUUGAGGCCUAUAGCUAUAAAACCAAUGAGUGGUUUUUUGUGGCUCCCAUGAACACAAGAAGAAGCAGUGUUGGAGUUGGAGUUGUGGAGGGGAAGCUCUACGCCGUGGGGGGCUACGACGGGGCAUCGAGGCAGUGCCUGAGCACAGUGGAGCAGUACAACCCCGCCACCAACGAGUGGACCUACGUGGCUGACAUGAGCACGCGGCGCAGCGGGGCAGGUGUCGGUGUGCUCAGUGGGCUGCUCUACGCCACCGGGGGCCACGACGGGCCCUUGGUGAGGAAGAGUGUGGAAGUCUACGACCCAGGGACAAACACCUGGAAGCAAGUAGCAGACAUGAAUAUGUGUAGAAGAAAUGCAGGUGUGUGUGCUGUGAAUGGUCUCCUCUACGUGGUGGGAGGCGAUGAUGGUUCCUGCAACUUGGCCUCGGUGGAGUACUACAACCCCAGCACAGACAAGUGGACGUUGUUGCCAACCAGCAUGAGCACAGGGAGGAGUUAUGCAGGUGUGGCUGUUAUUCACAAACCCUUGUGACACACGAUCAAGCCAAUGUGAGGAGCAGAAGUGAAGUGGAUCCAGCUAGGUGGUGUUGGGAAGAUGACUGACCUCUGACUUGACCCAUCUCAUUGCUGUUAAUGUCUUAGCAUGACAAGUGAUACGUUGCAAGCAUCAUCCACUCUGCAGUGGAUUGCAUAGCCAAGUGAAAAUCCCUCUGGGGACAUUUUCCAUGCUAGACAUGAGGUGUUGCUUGUUAUCUGUGGUGCAAUCAACUGUUCUUCUCGAUGGCAUGUGUCCUGAGAUAAACACUGUGCUUGGACUGCAGGCACGGAAUUUUUGGUGUGAAACAAAACUGCUACGUUUGGGCAUGUGAGUAAAAACAAACGUUUCUGGAUUUCUUCCCUACUGAUGCUCCGUGCACAUUGUUGGUUGAACUACUUACUCACUGUGCCUGGAGGGCAGACUUUAAUACUGGCAGGGGAAACUUCUGAGUUCCAAGAGAGAAAAACAGCAGAAAUGGACUGGAACAGGGUGGUCUGGCUCGAGUGUGACGCUGUCUCAGUCAUACGUCUGUACAUGCCAGUGGGCUGCUGUAUGUAUCCCUGAAAUGCUUGUGGAAAUAAACACCAUGUGGUUUUUCUACUUGCCAUGAAUGCUGUGUGCUGUGCGUGCCGGGACCUGCUGGGCAGUGCCUUCCCCGGGGCUGAGCUCUCAGCACCUGAGCCACACAAACUCCCCAGCCCCACACAACACACGCUGCUCCCACGGGCUUUGUUGCUCCUGUGAAACAAAUGUUGCUUGAAUAAAAUGUUCCAAAGCCACACGUUUCAGCUGUGCUGAAAGCUUCAGUUCUAGCUCUGUCCAGCAUCUCAAUGCCAUUUCAUAAUAGAGCACUUAGAUGUUAAAAAAUACCUUAUGGUGCCAUUAAUGUAGAGACAUUCCAUACAGAGAGAGCCCUCUGUCACCCAAGCAGGGAUUAAUGAGCCAAGUAAAAUACCUGCAGUGUUUUAAUGCUUCCAGAGCAUGGAGAUUAACUAAUCACUGUCACUGUAAUUGCUAUUUUAGUCUUGCCCUUACUGAAAGCAUUCCUCUAUUAGUAUGAAGAACUCAUAAGAUUAUUCAAAACACACAAAUCUAGAUCGAGAUGUAAGGGACCUGUCUUGCUUAUAUACCAAAUUCUCAAAGUUUUCUGUUAAGAAGACAUUUGAUUUUAAAAGAGCUUUUUGUGUCUCCCUAUGAGCUCUGACAUGCUUCUGCAUACAGAGGUGAGCUCCCAGAAGCUCCUCAGCUAAAGGGAACUAGUGAAGAAAAAUAUUUUCUCUACUCCUUUUCUUGUUGUUUGGGGUUGUUUAUUUUUUUGUUUUCCCCUUGUAGAUCAGCUGAGGCUUUUUGUUGUGGGCAGCUGUCCAGAGUUGUUAUGCUGGUUUCUGUCUCCACAGAUCUGCUCUGUGUGACCUUUGACAGUAGAAAAGAAAAAUACUUAAAAAUUUAUUUCAGAGGGAUCCAAGCUGCAUCACCUUGUGCUGCUUUUGUAGAGGAGUGGGUUUCUUCUAUAAAUAUGUAGUCAUUGGUGUUUGAGUUGACACAGUUCUUGUAAGAUGGAUGCCUGUUCACUGUGAGGGAAACAGCCCUGCAGAGGGGCUGGCAUUCCCUUCAUGGGGAAUGUGAGGUAGCUCCCACUCCUCUUUGGAUGUUCUCGCUUUCACAAACAAGGGCAAACUGUCUAAAGAAAUGCAUUGCUACUCUUUAUGUCUGCCUUUCCACUGUAUGUGAGCUCAGAGGUCUUGAAAAUAGUAAUUAAAAAAAAUUAGUCUUUUCCAUAAUAUCCUUUAAACCUUUUGCUUUGAGUUUUACAAUCUGCAGUGAAAUGUGCCAAAAUAAGUGUGACAUGCUGCUCUCCUGUGAGGUGUUGCUUACUGCAAAAGCCAUUGAGGCUGGUAGGAAUGUACCCUGGUAGGAAUGUACAUCCCAGUAGGAAUGUAUAUCAGAGUAGGAAUGUAUAUCCCAGUUGGAAUGUUUCCUUGACUGCAGCUGCCUUCAGAUCAGAGUCCUGAGAUGCACCUUUGUGGUGGCACAAGGAAGGUGAUGAGGCCUCAGCUGGGACAGACGUAAAUUCACUGACCCAAAAGGUGGUUCCCUUCCAUGCAGCCUGGGAAUAAGGGAUAAAAUGGGACAGACAAAGCAUUUCAGUUCGAGUCAGCAUCUCUUGUUAGGCAGAGGUGACUGGACAAGGCUGGACAAGCAUUUGGGCACAUGUGGCCUUUGUAAGGUCUGGUACUGACAUAAAGCUAAAUAAACUCCUCUAUAAGCUACUGUGCAACCCGACUGCAGCUCAACAGUUGGGAACAGUUCCCAGCCAACAUUCGUACACCUCUGGCUUUGCUGGAGUAAAGGCAAAUAUUACCCAGAGAAAGAGUUUUUGUGGGCUGGAGAUAAAAAUCAGUAGGUACUGCUAGAGAGGUGCAAGGUUGCAAUUUGCUGUGGCUGUCAGUUGUGGAAAGUGGGUAUACCUGGAGGUGGGAUAAUUUUAUCCCCUGCUAUCCAUCUGUUCAUGAACCUUCCUUGCUCAUAAGGAAAACAGGUUUUGGUGGUUCUCUGCUCUUGUAAAAUGGCACUUCUGCCCAGUGCUGGCCCAGAGCUGUGGCAUGCUGGACAGGGCUAGGACUCCCAGCCCUUGCCAGGGACGAGUGAUGCUGUUCCCAGCUCAGCCACUUCUCCUGUCCUCCCUUCCUUCCCAAACGUUGCAGUGUUAUGCAAGUCAAGUGACCUCAUUUUCCAGCUAUGCAAUACAAACAACAUGUGAUGAACCAGCUGUGUCCCCCAGCCCCAAAAUGCUUUUGGAAUUUGUCUUUGGUGUGUGGUUUCGUGUUUGUAUUGUUCAUUUUGAGCACCUGAGCCAGAUCCUUUACAGAUUGCCUUUUUCUAGGACUGAAAACGUAGCAUUAGUGCUAACAAAUUUUACUGUAAAUAUUUUUAUAAGACAAUUAAAAAAAUUUUGAUUGCUUUUUAUGGUCUUCAAUGACAUUUCUGGAUUUAAUUCGUGCACUCCAGUGUGUUUUUUGCUGGCUGUGGUGUAGGUGUGACUCUGUAUGUUCUCUGCACAAGAAAUGCCAUGUUGUAAGAAAGAUCUGGGAUAGCUGUUGUGUUGGUUUUAAUGUUAGAAGGACAGCAUUGGGUUCCACAUUAUGAGAUAAAUUGAGACCCAUUACCUCAGUCACCAGUAGGCUCUUAGAUUAUUGGUUAUUUUACAAUUAUUUCAAUACCCUGAUUUCAUUUCAUUGUGCCAUGAAUUUGGUUCCUGGGUAAUUUGGGGGACAAGCUGUCACUUGGUGGUUCUUGGCUCCUGCAUGAGCUGCUUGAAGACAGAGAUACUCUGCCCACAACUGUCUGGGCACAGCCUCCCAGGAUGCCAAAAUCAGACAAAUUAUUGUAGGAGUUUUACUAAAAGCUUUACAGACCAAACUUGGACCUCUUCCUCAUAUUGGUCCUUUGUGAAUAUGAACACUUUUCUCAGCUCCUUCUGUUGUAAUCCCUUUUUGGAGUAUUUGGCCCUGUGUUUGACCCCCUUUGGGACUCUGGCCUUGGGUUUCCUACAGGGGAAUCUGCUCCUGCAGAAAAGCACCCCAGGAUGAGCCCCAGCCCCAGGAGCAUCGUGUGUGGUGCAACCCUGCUGGGCUUGCAAUGCAGGGCAGGUUUGCCUCAAGCAAGCUGUUGUUUAAACAAGUCUGAAUGAAGCCCAUCUUUUCCAUUGGUGCCUAAUAGAUAAAUUGGGGGUGUUUAAAAUCAAUUUUCAGUUCAUUCAGUUUAUCAAAACAGUGUCUUUCUAUGGAUGUGUACAAAUAGUUACCAUAAAUACACUUGGCAGCAUUUGCAUGUCACCACCAGGAAAGCUCAGUACUGUUCUCUGGUUUACAUUGUUUGGAGACCAAAAUCCUUAAUAUCCAGCAAGGUGUGAUGCCUGUUCCUGAAGCCAGUGUGAUGGCUCAACAGAUAAAUGCUGUUCAUCAAGCUGCUGUGAUGAUUCAACAGAUGAAUGCAGCUUGGACUUAACCUUUGGGAUUCAUUAUUCAUGUAUUAUCAAAGCAGUUGCCCCCUUUGCCCAUAUCAUGCCCAAAAAUCACUUUCAUGUGAGCAUUGUUGCUCAAAGCUGCAGUGUUUGGGAGUGUGCUAGACAUUAUGGUCUGAAUAUGGGCUCAUUCACUUUUGUCAUCCGCUCUUAUCUUUGUUUAUGGGUUUAUAAAUUAUUUUCCUCUUCAGUGACAAUAAAUAAAUAAACAUUGAUAAUUUUAAUUUGUAUAUUUUAUGUAUAGAGACCCUCAAGGGUAAUGAAUGAUUGUGAAAUAAUUUACCUGGGUGUGAAAAUUUUUGGUUUUGUAAACCUGACUACUUUGGUUCAGUAGCUGACAGUAUACUCUAACAAGUUGGUUGACUGUUUAAGCUAAUUUUUUAAAUUAAAGAUUUUAUUUUUUGCAUGAGUGUGGAGGACAAAGGAUGUUGCAAAGUAACUCUCUUGACAGCUGUCUUGUCCAGUGUGACGAACAACUCAAGAAACAUUCUUCACUGACAUAUUUAUAUUAUGAAAGAAAAUCACACUGUAGUUCCCCAUCAUUUAAUUUGAAUAAAAACUGGACUAAU